CCUGCUCCUUCCGUACUGCCUCUGGAUUGCUUCUCUCUUGCGCUCGGAACCCCACGUUCUGUGCUCAUCGGUGGAAUUGUGAUCUGUACUGGUUGUGACAAUUGUAGGAAGGACUCACGGAGACUCAGAAAACCUAGAAAUGGACUCCGUGGCCUUGGAGGAUGUUAACAUGAAGUUCACCAUGGAGGAGUGGGCUAUCCUGAAUCCGACCCAGAAGAAACUGUACAGAGACGUGAUGCAGGAAACCAUCAGGAACCUGGCUUCCGUAGCAUGUGUUUUGGAAGAAAAAUGGGAAGACCAUGACAGUGAAGAUCAGUAUGAGAAACGUGGGACAAAUCCCAGCCACACAAGAUCGCUCACUGGACUCAAACUAUACCAGUGUCGGGAAUAUGAAGAGGAGCCUUAUAAAUGUAAGGAGUGUGGGAAAGCUUUCAAACGUCGCAGAUAUGUUCGAGUGCAUGAAAAGAAACACAGUGCAGAAAAGCCCUACGAAUGUACAAAAUGUGGUAAAGCCUACAGGUAUUCAAGUAACUUACACAGACAUGCAGAAAUUCAUACUCGAGAGAAACCCUAUGAGUGUAAGAGGUGUGACAAAGCCUGGAGUACACUUACCACAUAUAAAAGACAUAUGAUCAAGCAUGUUAGGUGUGGCCCCUUUAAAUGUAAGGAGUGUGGGAAAGAUUUCAGUUGUCUAAGAAACUUUGAAAGUCAUGAAAUGACACACAGGGGAGAAGAGCCCUAUUAUUGUAAGGAAUGUGGUAAAGCCUUCAGUUUACUCAGUUAUCUUAUAAAACAUAAAAGAUCUCAUGAUGGGAAGAAGCCUUAUAAAUGUAAGGAAUGUGCUAAAGGUUUCCGUUAUCCCAAUUUACUUAGAAAUCAUGAAAAAACCCAUAUUGCAGAGAGACCCUUUGAAUGUAAGCAAUGUGGGAAAGCCUUUAGGAGUCUCAGCUACUGUCAAAUACAUGAAAAAACACACAGUGGAGAAAAGCCCUACAAAUGCACAGAAUGUGGUAAAGCCUUCAGUUUACUUAUAUAUCUCAGUAGACAUAAAAAAAUUCACGAUGGAAAGAGGCCUCAUGAAUGUAAGGAAUGUGGUAAAGCUUUCCUUUAUUCCACUUUUCUUAGAAUUCAUGAAAAAACUCAUACCGAGGAGAAACCCUAUUGCUGUAAACAGUGUGGGAAAGCCUUCAGGAGUCCCAGUUACUGUCGAUUACAUGAAAAAAUACACAGUGGAGAAAAGCCCUACAAAUGUGUAAAAUGUGGUAAAGCCUUUGGUUACCCAAGUAGUUACCGUAAACAUGUGAGAACACGUUGUAGAGAUGAACCCUGUUAAUGCAAAGAAUGUGGGAGAACCUGCAUUUGUUGCUCAGCUCUGCACUCACAUGUGAUAGAGCGAAUUGGAGAUGGACCUGUAAAUGAAGGACUGUUAGGAAGCAUUAUGUCUUCCAGUUGAGUAUAGAGAAUGAAAGGGCUCUCAGUGUAAAGACUGUAGAAAAGCUUCCAUCGUCCCAGUUCUUGAGAAAAUCAUGAAAGAACUCACACCUAAGAGAAAGCGUAUGCAUGUAAGGAAUGGGGGGAGCCUUUCACAGAGACGUAAGAGUGUGCGCUGCAGAGCCAUCGUGUCCACGUAAAGAGCACGGGAGAACCUUCAGCUGUCCCAGCUCCUUGGAAAGCCGUGACAAAAACUUCAUGUAGAGAGAAUUCUGUUGAAUGUAAACACUGUAGGAAACCCCUCAUUUUGCCUCACAUCCCCACCAUACCAUGUGAGAAUGUACACUGGAUAGAUACUGUAUGACUGAAAAUGAAGACAAAGUUUUAAUGAAUACCUUCAGAGCAGCUCGAAAACUGCCCUGGGAGGAAAUCACAUUACAGCAACUACUACAUGUAAGCCUGGUGCAAAUUAAUUCACAUACUCCCCAAAAUUCACAGCAUGGAAGAAAUACUAUAAAUGUUAGACAUACAUGGUCACUAUGACUGACUCGUUCUUACAGUGAUUUUCUGUAGUACUGAGUCCACUUAUUUUGCAAAUAUGCACUGAGGUAAUUAAUUCUGUAGCUAUUCUGUAAGCAAGAGGUUUUAAGUUCAAUAGGUAUUUUUUCCCUUCUGGUCAGUUAGUAAACAUUUUGUAUUUCUUUAUUGAAGUUUGUUAGAUCCUUGGGGGAAUUGAAGUGUUUUACUAAUAUGUUUUACUAAUAUUUUAAAAUAAUACUUAGUGUUUUGCUAAGUGGGCUUAAUUUUUCUGUGAUUUUUAAGUGUUCUGCAAAUCAAGGAACAUUUAAAAACUGAUACUUUGGAAUUUGUUCAUGUUUUCCAUGUGGCUUCCUAUAGCAAGUAUCGAAUGAAUAUGCCUUACCCAUAUAUAUAUUCUACCUCAACAGAAAAGUGCCUUUUCUUUGGCUCGAAGAGCUUUCUUUCAUUUUCUUGUCAAUAAAUGUUUUUUAAUUUUUCAA